GUUUUUCGAAAUCUUUAUAACCUUUCAAAAACCUACUUUCUCCUGAACUUAUAUAUUUCGUAAUUGAUAUAACAUAACUUUUUUAUUACAUCUGUAUCAGAGGCCACUGUGUAGUGUUUUCGAGCUCUUAUUGAAUUGAUUAUCCUUGUUAAUUCCUUUUCUGAAUUCUAAUCGCCUUUUUUAUUUUCCUGAAACGCAUGCAUGAAUAUGUAUGUGUACACUUUUACUCAAAUUCAUAUUGGGGAUAAAUUCAAGUCAUAAUGAAAUAGAUAUUUCAUUCAGUUAGAAAUCCAUUUUAUUCCCGGAUUUACCUUGAGUCUUAAAAUUUGAUAGUGGAUACACAAAAUUAAUGUGAAUGUUUUCAAUUUGAUAAUUCUGUCAAACCAUAUGAAUGCAUGCACAUAAUUGAAUACUCUGUUUUGUUAAUCAGAAUGUCACCAGUGUCAGUGUGACAAAUCAACCUUGGGGUGUUAAUUGAAGUGGCUCCAAAGUAUUCCCGUAAUUUCAAUUUUUGUUUAAUACAAGCAAGGACAUAGUCAUUCAUAGUAUAAUUAUCUGAAUUCGCUUACAAAUCCGAUAUCUAUAAAUUUGAUCGCUACCGGCUUUUGUGUUUUCUUGAUAAUCAUUCUUUCUUUAAUUAUAUUUUGGAGUAGGGACUAAAACAGUGCAUGUUGUCUGUUUUAAUAUUAAAAUAGUUUUUAUAUCCUUUUCCUUUUUUACAAUUCAAUUGUUAGGAGUGUGUCUGUUAAUCGCAAAUUAAAAACGCAAUUAGUUGGAGUCUAUGUUUUUAAUAUAAAAAUUAAUCCGAAAUCCACAAACGUGGAGCGGGAGCUUUUAAUAAGUCCACAACUUAUUUUUUUAUCCAAUACCUGAUUUUUUUUCUUUUUAAUAUAACAUUCGUAUUUCUCGCUGCACUUUCAUUCUAUGUUAUUUCAUUAUUAAUUUAUUAUUCAUAUGAAAUUUCCCAGAAUGGAAAUUAAAACCGUCCUUCAAUUCGACAAGUGCUCAGUAAUACUGAGUCGGUAUUUACUGAACCUACUGAAGGCCGUCAACUAUAAACUGAUUAUCGAACAUCCUUCAUCGAAUGACUGAAAAUGAAAGAAGAAAACAAUAAAAAAACGCCACAUGGUAUAAUUUGUUUCUUUUCUCUGAAAUUGAGUUCAUUUUACGAGUAUAAUAUGUUUUCCAUCAGGUUUUUAAUUUUAAUUUUCAUUAGUUAGUGCUACAUGUAUACUUGGAACCAAAACCAAUAAUGUUCCUUUUUGUCUGUCCUCGUUUACCUGUCAUACAUUCACUACGAAAGACGCAUAAGGUUAAAUAGCUAAUACCUUUGUCAGUAUCCUUUCACAUUAUUGGAUGUAACUAAUUUGAUUUUCCCCUCGUAUUAAGAAAAGUUUAAUGCGUUUCAGUUUCCUUCGCCAUAUUUUGUUUUGAGGAGUUCCCAGUUCUAUUGUGAUUGGGUGGUGCCUUCGAAAUGUCAAUGGAACUCUUUUAAUUGAAGACGUCGCAUGUUAUGUUCUUCGUGACUGACCGACCUUCGCCGUUUAUUCUUCGUGCCCAGUUCGGGUAUAUAGUCGUAUUGAUUAUUCGAUGAUUACCAUUUCACGUGGGUAAUUAGUUUGAAUGGUUCUUUAGGCAUCCAGUCAACUGUCGGUGUGUGUGAUCUGUUAGUUGUGUCAGUGAACCCGUAAUGUUUGAGAGUGGUACAAUAAUGGCAGAAAACAAGUAUUUGGAUUUUCCUCAUUCGGAUGUGCCUGUGUUUGCGGUGAUUAAAAAUUCAUCAUGGAUGUUUCGUUCCUGGUAACCUAGUAUCAACAAAGUAUUCCUUGAACAUGUUGAAGUUGCAAUGUGUGUCCAGUCUUGGGCAAGGUUUCAGGAAUAGCGAACAGCCUUUGACUGUUUGGAGUCAGUUUCGCCUCUAACUCAGGAGUCUGGUGUUGGUUGGCCUGGAAUUGACUCCCAGAUUGAUCACAGAGAGUUGAUGAAGAGUCUACCUCAUCGAAUCUGCGAAUCGUUGUCUUCCAUUCCAGGCGUUUGUAUCGUAGGCCACACACCAAAGACUUCAGGGAUGAUAACAGACUUCCAUUAAAAACGGCUGGAACUACUCCUAUAUCACCCGUCCAAAUCCGUAUAUUUUUCUACGCUACUGAAACGCACCCGUGAUUGAUGCCUUGCCCGCCACCCGCCACCACCACUUUAAGCAGCGCCCCCAACGUUGGGGUCUCACCAGCCUGCACCGCUGCCGUCACCAGCAUAGUUCCCGGGCUGCCGUUGUCUCUGCAACCUCCGCUUCCCUCUGCGGAACUUCUCAUGCAGUACCGUAGGAUGGAACAGCCCAUGGGCCCACCAACUCAAGUACCGCCUUCACCAUCUCAGCACUCGACUGCACCGGUCCCUCAAGGCUCAGGUCCACUGGCAAGCCCUACUGUCCCACUAUGGAACUCAAGUGGUGUUGCUUAUCCAGACUGGGCCUACAAACCGGAGUCAAGUCCCGGCAGCCGGCAGAUCCAGUUGUGGCACUUCAUCCUGGAGCUGCUGCAGAAGGAAGAGUUCCGUGACGUGAUUGCCUGGCAAGGUGACUACGGGGAGUUCCUCAUCAAGGAUCCUGAUGAGCUAGCCAGACUGUGGGGAAUGCGAAAGUGCAAGCCACAUAUGAACUAUGAUAAACUUAGUCGAGCACUUAGAUAUUACUACAACAAGCGGAUCUUGAACAAAACCAAAGGCAAGCGCUUCACCUACAAGUUCAACUUUAGCAAGUUGAUAUUGGUGAACUACCCGGGAACUGACCUCAAAUAUGUGCCUCCAUUCAUUCCUGCCUCUCGGGGUGGAAUUGGUUCCUCAACAGAAGAUCCGAGCAUGGAUGAUGAACCAAGCACACCGUCCCACCUAACGAAAGAAGGCGGAUCAUGCAGUGACUCCGGGGAGUCUUUGGAUGGCGACGAGAAGCCAGGGAGCCGCCGCCACCGUUCCCAUAGCCUGGGAGACACCGAGCCACCUUCAACCAUGUCUGUUCAUCCUCCCACACCUACCCAUCAUGCCUUGCCACCUGGUUUCAGUGAACAUGAUCAUAGAUUAGCCGGUUUGAUGAGCCCUAAUCUACGUCACAAUUACAGUGGACCUGCCUUUCAAAUGAUGCGGCCAGCAUCUAUCUUCUCCCACUCUCUGCCGGCCAGUCCUUGUUAUCUAUCACCGCUAGCCAGUCCAUCUUCAACAAUGAGUCCGCUCUUAUCAGCACCCGGUCACCCGCAUGGCCCAGCAAGGUUCACCUACACGCCAGCAGAGAUCCAAAGGGCUCAUCAAGAGGCUCAAGCGCAGGCUGCAAUCGCGAGGUUAGAGCACGAGCGUGUCGCUCAACUCCGUGUGGCUGAUGCGCAUGCCAGGGCCUUCCCUCUGUCUGUGCCGGCGUCUCCUGGCACACUGUGGCGCACGCACACAGAGAACGAAAUGCGCAUCAGAAAUCUGGAGCUGACUGCGGCUGAGAAGUUACAGCGGCAGGAAGAGCAAAAGCGACAAGAGGAACAGAAGCGUCAGGAGGAACAGAAGCGACAGGAACAGAAUCGCCAAGAACUCAAACGACAAGAACAACUUCGCCAAGAGCAACAAAACCUAGAGACGCAAAGAUUACAAAAGUCUCCUGAAAAGGAAAUACGUAUCCCAGAAAGGCCAGUGCAGUCAGAACUAUACUUGCGUAGAAUGGCUGAGAAACAGGCUAAACAGGCUGAAAGACAGGCUAGCGAGCGUCGUGCCCCGCCUGCUAUCACCAUAGAAGACAGAACUAUCACAAACUCUGCAAGUGUUAGAAAAACGCCUGAACCUGUGCCGUGUACAAUUACCAGCCCUCCAGAAGAGCAACAAGAACAUGUCAAGCCAUGUCGGAAGACGCCUCCACCACCACUCAAAGUCGACUCAAAACAACUCCUUUUUGAUAUCAAGCCGCCAAGCAGUGCUCCCCCCAUCAACGACAGACUAGAUGCUCGACGAUUUGGACCAGGAUUUAGAGGAAGUCCUGGGCCACCACGCAGAGUCAUUGUCCACACAAGUAAUGAGAGUCGAUCUGAGGAAGACCUUCUGGAUGCGGACGACAGCUCUAACAGCAACCAAGAAGCAGUCCCUAUCAAGCUGCGAUUCAAACGCAAAUGGAACCGCGACAGCUCGCGCCCACCUUCAUUCGCAGAGAACAACGACACAAAGUCUCCCAAGAUUUUCUUUGACUCCAGUCCCUCGUCACGCUCCUUGCCUUGCACUCCAACUCAACGAUCGCAGAUGGGCACAUUUUUCCAGUUUCCAAGCCCGAUGGAAACACAGACCGAACACGAGCCUUCUGCGUCCUCGAUUCAACCUCCUAAGGAAAAGGAAAAAGAAUCCUUGCGUCGUUUCAGAGACUACUACUUUGAAACCAAUCACGGUACCAAGGACAGUCAGAGAUUAUUACAGGAGCCAGAAAAGCGUCCAAAGGAACGCGUAUUGAGUAUAGAAUCCAUCAUAGCAAAAUCAGAACCACUGCGCCCAGUACCAAACAUGCGUAGCUCCAGUAGUGCACCUAGUAUUGCCACCACUUCUAGCAGUAGCACCAGCAGUUGUAGCUCUGAACUUGAUAGAAAUGAGAUGGACAGUGAGAAACCUGUCACAUCUUCCCAAUGAUAGCUAGAUCACAGUGUACAUACACAGGCCUUAGGUAUUUGUAGGAAGGCACUUUUUGGUAGAGCAGAAAGCAGUUCUACAAAGUAGCUUCCCAGCCAGCAGCAUGUUCUGAUGCUGCAAUAUUUCUGCCACGAAUCAUGUUUCUAUAUCGUCCUCUUGAGGAGGUUACCAAGUGACAUAUAUGGGCCCACUUCCUUUGUCGUCCAUCUGAGGAUGCUUUCAAUCAAGUUUUCAUAAGACUAUUUAAUAGCACAAACAAGAAUUAUGAACAAAAUGCAAAGAACGAUUGUUUGGUGAGGACAUUCAACUGCGCUCCCCCCUUUUUUUGUACAUGUACCUCACCCACCAUGCAUCACAAAUCAGAGGAAAUAAAAGUAAACAUUUGAUUGUAUCAAAUACUUGUCUAAUUUUGGAAGAAGCCCCAUAAUAGCAUCAUGAUUGAUAUCAGGGGCCUGCCUUACGAAGAGUUGCGAUUGAUCCAAUCAUUGCAACUAUGGAAAGCCGGCAUAGUCAACAUAUAAAAUGCAU